GUGUGUGUGUGUGUGUGUGUGUGUGUGCACGCAGUGUCUUGCUCCCUGUAAGAGCACAGCCCCGCUGCCUGUUCCUGCUGCCGCUGCCCUGACUCUCUGCCACUUCUUUCCUCUCUUUUCUCUUCCUGCUUAGCUCCCUUCCUUCUGAUACCACUCCCAUAUGGAGACUAAUCACCCUAAGCAGCUCUCAGCUGAAGAGCCAAAACCUGCAGAAGACAGCUCAUCACUCAAUCAAAAUGGCCUGGAAAAGCAAGCUGGCCAGCAGCCCUCAACGUCACUCGGAGCACCCGAGGAGACAAGUGUCCACCCUGAGAAGGGAACCCACGACAUCUCGGAAGAGUUGAACCAACAACUGGAAGACAUCAUAAGCAUGUAUGGGUCUGCUGCCAGUCCCACGGGGAAAGAGGGCAGCGUGGAAACUAAGGAGCAGCCCGAAAACACAGAGGCACUGGACAAUGAGGAUGGGGACUAUGAGGAAACCACGGAAGGGGCAGACAGGGAACCCACUGCUUCUGAAGAGGCAGCCACAGCCAAGGAGCCUGCCAGCAAUAAAGAGCAAAAGCUGGAAAAGAAGGUCCUAAAAGGAUUAGGCAAAGAAGCUAACUUGCUAAUGCAAAAUCUGAACAAGCUGCAAACAGCCGAAGAAAAGCUUGAUUUUUUAUUCAAGAAGUAUGCUGAGUUGCUGGAUGAACAUCGUGCAGAGCAGAAGAAGCUAAAGCUCCUGCGGAAGCAGCAAGCACAGACCCAGAGAGAGAAGGACCAGCUGCAGAGUGAACACAACCGAGCCAUCCUCGCUCGAAGCAAACUCGAGAGUCUGUGUCGGGAGCUGCAGAGGCACAACAAGACACUGAAGGAGGAAACCCUCCAACGGGCACGUGAGGAGGAAGAGAAGAGGAAGGAGAUCACGAGUCAUUUUCAGACUACCCUGACAGAUAUCCAGACUCAGAUCGAGCAACAGAGUGAGCGAAAUAUGAAGCUCUGCCAGGAGAACACGGAGCUCGCAGAGAAGCUGAAAAGCAUCAUUGACCAGUAUGAGCUCAGGGAGGAGCAUCUGGACAAAAUAUUUAAACACAGAGAACUGCAGCAGAAGCUGGUGGAUGCGAAACUUGAACAGGCCCAAGAAAUGAUGCAGGAAGCAGAGGAACGGCACAGACGGGAAAAGGAAUAUUUGCUGAACCAGGCAGCAGAGUGGAAACUUCAGGCCAAAGUGCUGAAGGAACAAGAGACAGUGCUGCAGGCUCAGCUCACUCUCUACUCAGGAAGGUUUGAGGAGUUCCAGAGUACACUGUCAAAAAGCAACAAAGUGUUUGCCACUUUCAAGCAGGAAAUGGAUAAAACAACUAAAAAAAUGAAGAAGCUGGAGAAGGAUACAGCCACAUGGAAAGCCCGAUUUGAGAACUGUAACAAAGCUCUGUUGGACAUGAUUGAAGAGAAAGCCCUGAGAGCUAAGGAAUAUGAGUGUUUCGUUAUGAAAAUCCAGAGGCUGGAGAACCUGUGUCGUGCUUUACAAGAAGAAAGAAAGGAACUCUACAAAAAAAUCAGAGAAGCAAAAAUGUCUGAAAAGGAAGAGCAGGGUCAGCACACCUCUGAUGAAGAGCCAGAGUCAAAUGUCUCUGAAGACAAAGAGAUAGAUGCAGAGGAAGCCAACAGUGUCCAAAACGCCGUAAAAAACCUGAGCACAGCCUUUACCAUUCUUCAUCAUCCAGAGUCCACCCUGGACCAACCAGAGGAAAGACAACCAGCAGAGAUGGGUCCUCAGGAAGGAAGUGACAUCACCCCCCAGCAGCCCGAACUAGCCCUUCCGAAUCCUCCUGCUGCUUCGGGGAGUCCUGAACCUCCUGUGGGUUCUCAGGCUGGAGCCAAUGUGGUCUGUGAGGCUGCACCUGUCUCUAUAGCCAGCUGUACCCCUGCAGGGGCAGAGCUCCAAAGCCAGGGGUUCCCUGCUGGGAAUCUCCUGGACCAGAAGUUCCAGAAGCCAGAGGCAAAAGCUUCUGAUCAGACCCCAGGUCAGGGCUCCCUAGAUGUAGUGAAGACAACAGGCACUGCUCCACCAUCUCCAGAGUGUGAGGGAGUCCCUGCUGUGGUGCCUGGCUAUGAGCCAGGCAAGCAACCCCCACCAGCAGCCACGGAGACCCCUCCAGGCCCUUGCACCGGGCUCCCCAUAGAGGCCAGUCUGGAUGGAGUGGACUAAGCCUCAUGCACUCUUCAGGCUGUUCGCCCUGCUGCGUCUUCCUCACAGCAGAAUGUCUGUGGAAGGAACUCCAAGGACUAGGAAGAAAGUUAGGGUCAAGACAUUUUUAAUGCUGAGUCUUUGCUGCUGUUCGCAAUUUCUAAGUAACGUGAAAAUUUUCUGUAAUUGUAUAAUGUUUCCAUUGGCAGCCAGACAUAUCAAUGGCAAAUACACAUUUCAUGUCCAUUAAGCUGGUACCUUAAUCCAGUUUAUUAACAGUAAGAUUUGUUAUUUAAGGUCUCCCAUUACAAUAUAUAAAUAAUCUGAGUGUUAUGUUUAUUUUCACAAAUAAUAAGAGCUAUAAUGAAUACUCAGGUUCCAUUUAAAUAGCAUAAUAUACACUGUGCUUAUGUGUAUAUAAUAUACAUGUACAUAUGUGGAUAAAUAGUACAUUCAUGUGUAUAUAUACACAAGUAUUUCCAUAUGUGUAUAUAAAGUCGUCAUACAUUACAAGUAUAUUUCACUCCUUACAGAUUGUUCCCUAUUGCAAGAUAUUUAUAUGCUCAUCAAAAGUUCUCUUAUUGUGCCAGGUGGUGGUGGCGCACACCUUUAAUUUCAGCACUUGGGAGGCAGAGGCAGGCAGAUCUCUGUGAGUUCGAGGCCAGCCUGGUCUACAAAAGCUAGUUCCAGGACAGGGUCCAAAGCCACAGAAAAAAAAAAGUUCUCUUACUUCCACUCUGGACUAUAGUAGACUAAUGUUUUAUGAAUCUGAAAUGGGUUUAUAAUGCAAAUAUUUAGGCCAUCGCUACUUUGGCUGAAAAAAGUAACCUAACCUAAGAUAAAGAAACUUAACCAACUGAUCAAAGGACAGAAAUAGCAAGCAUGUUAGAAUUCCUGUAGAGAUGUCAUUUAUACACAAAGAGGAUUGCAAGAGGCCCUAGACAUCAAAGGGAAAAAAAUCACAAGGGGGUAGUACCCUUCACAUGUUUCUUCUCAUCUUCUGAGCCAGCUUCCUCCCAGGUUCCUAGCAUCACUUCCCUUUGAUGAAGCACCCUACUCCUGACUACCUGUGAGCAAAUGGCUAGAAAUGGGAAAAGAAUCUAGGACUUGAGGGGUUGAAAGUCCUCAGGCUACAGAUUCUGGCCCUCAUCCCUACCUCUUUGGCUACUGAUAUCUCAAGAAAAUACCCACUUCUUGCUAUCUCUAACUUUGUCUUUAUCUCAAAACAUCUGUUCUUCUGAAUUCCCUCCUCUGUAUCAAUACCUGGCCCACAUCUCAAUUAAUGCUAAGUAAAAUGUUCUUUUUCCAAAACAGAAAUCCACACACGUUUUCAAUAGGAGUGAUGAGGCUUACAAAGACAACACAUUUUCUGCUCUAAGAAUUUUUGUACAGGCAGACGUACAAAAAUUUUAAAAAGGGAAGGAGUCUACUCAUAAUUCAAACACAACAGGACUCCAUAGAUGUCAAAGCCAGAGCACUAGGGAUUGUCCAAACGAGUUUUACACUCUCAUUGUUGACAGGAACCUCUAAUAACACUGACAGCAUAAAUUACUCAGCCUGGGCUAAAAUAAACUAUCCUAACAAAACAGAAGAGCUGGGAAGGAGGGAGACAGAAGGAGCUCCAAGAGAGGAAUGUCUAAUCUAACACUACUUUAAGAAGUUGAACUUUCUAGGUAGUGUGGUGCACACAUUUAAUCCCAACGUUCAGGAAGCAGAGGCAGGUGGAUCUUUGUAAAUUCGACCACCCUGGUCUACGGAGAGAGUUCCAGGAUAGCCAGGGCUAUACAGAGAAGCCCUGUCUCAAAAGCAAAACAAAACAAAACAAAACAAACAAAAAGUUGAACUCAGGUAGGAAAAUGGAUAAAGGAAGAUUCCUGACUAUUCCUCUAGGAAGUCAUUCUUCAGAGGAGCUUGUGGCUGUUUGCCAAGGCACACAAGGAGCUGGUAGGCAAUGACCAUGUAGUAAAAGAAUUAUAAAACUGUAUAAAAUUUGUUUGAAAUAGACAGUAUUUGAAAUAACAAAAAUACCAUUUGAGAAAAAAAUAAGAGGAAAAAAGGAUGCCAUUAUUUGAGAAUCCAUGUGUUUUUGGAGGCUUCACAUAUUAUAAUCAUAAUGAUAUCCAGCCAAGUUCAACACUACUGAAAAUUAAACAUUCUAUUAACUCAAAGCCAAAUAUUCACCAUAAUAAUCCCUUCUGUUUACAAGACUGAGCUUCAAAGAAUAGAGUAAGAUCAUCACAAAUAGGUCUUGGUCAUAAAGCUUAGGAAGACAAACAAACAGGAGGUGCUGAUGUCCAAUAAAUUAAGUAUUCUGACACCCCAAGUUUAGUAUUUGCAUCCAAAAGGGGUUCACAGCAACGCAUCACUCACAAAUGUGUGUAACUUUUGCACAGUUUCAGAGGCUAUAACUUCCCUCAAAUCUGCAAGGCUUUAAUAUAUGAUUUGGGAGAAUUAUUUUAACAGUAAAGAAUGUUUUAUUGAGUUCUUUGUGUUCAAAUUUGGCCUUACAACAACGCAUACAUUCUGAAAGCAGAAAAUUUAUCUCUUUAUCAAGUUCACACAACUAUUUUUAGAGAUGCCGAGUCUUUCUAGAAACACUAGAAUUAUUGUUUUCUAAAUGUAAUAAGAUAAUGUUUAUACCACUUAAAAAGGCUUCUCUCCCCAAAUUUUCUGGUGGUUUUUAAAUUUUUUUUCUGUUUUAUUCUUCCAUGAGUCAACAAUACUGAGUAAAAAUCUGGCAUUAUUCUAUUCUUGGUUGAGUUCGGGCUUUUUAAAUAAAAUGCAUAUGUAGGAAGACUUUGGGAGGCAUAAAGGGAGAGGGGGAGAGAGAGAGAGAGAGAGAGAGAAUAGCAAUAAGGCUAUACUCAAAACACUGAGCUCUGUGAAAGAAGCUAUAAAUAGGAUGCCCACGGAAAAUGAACGCCAUGCCUACAGGAACAUCAUGCUUUGCAUCUAAACAUUGCAGCAGCACACACACAAAUCCCCAUUCCACACACUUCAGGUUUACUUACUGGACACUGGAUAGCUGAGAUAGUUAAACUUGACAUAGCUGAUCUGAGUGUGGUGGCGCACGCCUUUAAUCCCAGAACCUGGGAGGCAGAGACAGGGGGAUUUCUGUGAGUUCAAGACCAGCCUGGUCUACAUAAUGUGUUCUAGGACAGCU